UCGGAGAGAGAGCGUGUAGUGUACGGGCUGUAGGGCAUCGUCGUCGUCCUGGUGAAAAUGUCGUCGGGGCAGUAUGGACUUGGGAGUGCCAUGGCGGAGUCCCACCACGACCACGGCGGCAACUACGGGCCGGUGGUCGGCGCGCUGUUCUUCAUCGCGAUCGUCACCGCCGGCUCGCUCGCCGUGGCCCGCUACUGCGUCGGGGCCCAGGCCUUCUACCGGACUGGCUACGACCUGGACGCCUACGUGCAGCGCAAGUUCGCCGUGUGCCUCGGCACUGGCCGCGGCAAGCCGCCGUGCGCGCACCCCGUGAAGAAGAAGGCGUGCCACGACCUCCAGCCCGAGGCCGCGGAGGAGGUGGAGGCGUCAGAGCCCCCCGCGGAAGAGGAGGAAGAGGAGAGCGCCGGCGCCGCCUCAGAUCCGUAGGGUAGAGAAGCAGUGACUUCUCUUGUUGGAGCUAGCCUCCAUGUCGGUGUGUGUUUCGUAGAAUGCCAUGGUAUGCAGUGAUAUCUUGUAAGGCGU